GCCGGCUGUUUGCUGCUGAUUCACAUUGAGGAGGAAAAACAUCGCUGUGUACAUGUUGAAUAAACAAGUUGUCAUUGUACGGUGUGGAAAUUUAUCAGCAGUAUAUUCCGACAGGUUAUGAUGGUCCCCACAGACUUUAAAGCUCUGAUCCAAAGGUUUUAUCACCUUCAGUCAGAGCGAGUGGAGACAUAUCAGCUCUUUGAAGAAGGACACGAGGCCUACUUGAGGACGGGGCCCCAUUAUGACUUCGACCACUACAGGCAGCUGGUCCAUGAGAUAACACAGGCCUUCUGCGGCAUCUCCAAGGAAGUGCUGGAGAUCAAGGGGAGGCUGCACCAUGAGUUUGACAGGCCAGACCUCUCUGAGCACAUGGAAAAGUUGCAGAACAAAGAAAAGCAAAAGCUCGAACUGACAGCCAAGCUGCAGCUGGCCAGGCAGCGGGCCCAGGAUCACCCAGAGGACGAAGACUGUCAAGAAAAGAUUCAGGAGAUCAAGCACGACAUCAUCAAGAACAAACAGGCUCUGAGUGAGAUCAUGCAGGACUUUAAGUAUGACUCUGAGGAGUCUGACUGACAGGCAAGUCCCAGGAGGGCUGCAGCCGCCCUCUCACAUCAGCAGACAGCGGGGAUGACAGAUCGACUCGGCUCUGCUGCAACUUCCAUCUUGGACUCUUCAGCUGCACUUAUCGAUCCCCCUCUGGCUCCACCCUGCUCACUGCUGCAGUCUUAUUCCACCCAGGGGGGCUUUUCAUAUUCUGGCUGUGUGUGUGUUUUUAUCUGUAGUCAUGUGUUUGUGUAAAUGCACGCCUCAGCAAAAACACUGCUUUUUGUUGUAAUGUAUUAGGAUGAUGAAAUGUGUAAAUAGUAAAUGAAUCUAAGAAGCUUAUCCAGCGAUAUUUGUUUAUAUGAUACAUUGAAUUUUUUAAACAAUAAAGACACUUUCA